GAUGGGGGGUGAUGGUGCUAGUGCUGGCGAUGGCGAGGAAUCGGCGCUGCGCGUGGCUGGUGCUUGGUCCGGCAUCCUCCGCGUCCCGAUCCAGAGGUGGAGCGUCGCGGAAUUGCGCGCAGAGGCGUCCCGGGUGUCAGGUUUCGAUGUCCAGUCGAUCAAUCUUAUCAGCGCGGGCAGGAAUCUCAGGGACGCCGAUAAUCUGCGCGAUCUGGGCCUACAUGCGAAUUCCAAGCUGCUGAUGACCCGGAUUGGGAGGGAGCAAGCGGCGCCGGUGAUUCGCGAGUGUGAGAAAGCCGAGCGGCUCGCAAGGAUCAGAGCUGCUGCGGAGGCUAUGGCCAGCAGAAGCAACGAAGAUUUCUCAUCGAUGGGUGACUACGAUCUCUCUCUUUUCAAUCAAAAUGGCGAAGCUUUGCAUUUCAAAAGUGACAGUGAUAGAAGGGCUCUCGUGAUGGGUCUGAUACUUCAUGCAAAGGCCCGGAAGCUCAUCGAAGCAAGCCAGUACAGGGAAGCAUUGGAAGUCCUGGCAUUUGCAGAGGAAUCGUUUUUAUUGUGCGACAGGAGUAUGAUCGAGCAUGUCGACAAUCUGCCAUUCUUACAAAUUGACAUGGUGUGGUGCUUGUUCAUGUUGCGUGACAUUGGAGGACUCGGUGUUGCUAAAGAGCGACUGGCCGAAGCACGGAGAGGACUCAAACGUGCGCACGGCGCAAAUCUGGAGCGCUUGCGUGUUUUACAAGGAGGAUUCUGUCCAGAGCUCGCUAUAUAUGUUCGGCUGGAGCUGCUAGAAGGCGUUGUGGCCUUCCACAGUGGACUCGUCGACGCUGCACGCGCGUCGCUUGAAGCCGCCCAGCAAAAGUUUAUCAAGCUGCAAGUACCUGAUGAAUCUUUGGUAAUACUAGCUGAUAUGGGAUUCACUACGAAGGAAGCGAAGCGGGGCUUGAGAGUGUCGGGGCAAGAUGUGGACCGUGCUGUGGAGUUUGUCAUGGAGCAAAGGGAUAUCGAGAAACGGAAACGUGCCGAAGACGAACAACACAGAAAGAACUUGCGCGAGCAAAGGCGUUACGGGAAAACCAGAUCGGGCAAGGCAGUGGAUUUGAAGCAGCUAAAUGAACUAGUCCCCCUUGGAUAUGACAAGCUUCUGAUUGCUGAAGCGCUCAAGCAAACUGACAAUAACACCGGCCUGGCGAUCGACAUUCUUACCAAUCCAGCGCAUCUGGAAGCUCUGCAGUCGGCGCUUUCUUCCUCCACGACGCGGAGGGGGGUUAGCCACGCCGACGUGUCGGCCUUGAUGCAAAUGGGCUUCUCCAGGGAGAGAGCCACCGCUGCUCUUCAGUCAUCGGGUGGUGUGGCCCAGGCCUUGGAAAAGCUUAUUGCGGAGGGAAACAGUAGCAAUGAAGCGGCAGUGAUGGGUGAAGGACAAGAAGAUGAAGAACAACAAGAACAAGCACAAGAACACGGGGCUGCUGCCGAGGAGGAUCAAGCACAAGUUCGCGAUGUAGAAAUGGAAGAUGAGAUGGCAGGGAACGUGACAGGAGAUGCUUACGAGGAGUAUGAUCUAGAAGUAACUCUAGAAGGCAAUGCUAUUGCCGAGUAUUUAAGUUUGGUGGAAGGAAGCUCGUCACAGCCAUUGCGAGCUUAGAUUUUCAAGUUAGAUUCUUUCCAAGAUGAUAUACACAAAAGGUUUUAAGCU